GGGGCUCGUUGAUUCUUCGGCAGGAGGCGCGUUGCAGGAGUCGGAGCGCAUCGUUGCCACGUGCUGAACCCCGCGAGCUUCAGAGCCGGAGCCCGAGCGCUGGAAAUGGUUGUGGUGAGAGGUCAGUGACUGUCAUGUCAGGAUGGCAAAAAUUAGAACCAAAGAAUCAAAAGCCCUAGCAGGCAACUCCACAAGUAUACCAGAACAUUUAAAAAAACAACACAGGAAGGAGAAGAAGAAAACAUUGUUUUGGAAAAAGAAAAUCAAAGGGGCAAGGAAGAAAUUACAAAAGGAUUCCAAAGCCAUGGCAGAUAUGCCUCCGAAAAAUCCCCAGGAAGUUUCGUGCAACUGGAAGGCCUUGCAGGAGCUUCUGAAACCAAAGGCUGCCGUUCUGGAUUCCACUCUUACUACCCCCAGCACAUAUUCCAAGGGUAAAAACAAGGCCACAGAGGGAAGAGCUGCCCUCAAAAUGUCAAAAGAAAACAGAAGUGAGAGGAUGCUGGCAUCCAAGCCUCCAGAAAAGGCCGAGAAGAAUCAGGCUGAACUUUUGGCUCAUCCAGUUUCUGCAAGCUCUGAAAAGCCUGUACAUGGGAAGAACUCGCACCAGGCCCAGGAGGAUAGAAAAGAGCCCAAGGGAGGCCAUAGAAGGGGCAAUGUUGAGAGGAAAUACGGGGACAUUAAACAGAAAAGAAGGAAAGCAGAAGAAGAAGUGGAACCAGCAGAUAUCUGGUUUGAUGAUGUUGAUCCUGAUGACAUUGAGGCAGCCUUGGGUCCAGAAGCAGCAAAAAUUGCCCGGAAAAAUCUGGGCAUCCCAGAAGUCAGACCCCAGCAGUUGGCAGAAGAAACACUGGUUAAAGAAAAGGCUUUUGAAGGCCUAACCAAAGCUGUGGCCAUGGACUGUGAAAUGGUGGGCGUGGGACCCACAGGCAAAGACAGCAUUGUGGCCCGUGUGUCCAUUGUGAACCUCUUUGGCAAGUGUGUUUACGACAAGUAUGUCAAGGCAAUGGAAAAAGUGACAGACUACAGGACCGCCGUCAGUGGAAUUCGGCCUGAAAACCUAAAGACAGGUGAGGAUUUUAAAAUCGUUCAGGAGGAAGUGGCCAGCAUCCUAAAAGGAAGGGUCCUUGUUGGUCAUGCUCUUCACAAUGACUUAAAGAUCUUGUUCCUUGACCACCCCAAGAAGAAAAUCCGGGAUACACAAAGAUACAAGCCUUUUAAACAAGAGGUCAAGAGUGGGAGGCCAUCUCUGAAGCUGCUCUGUGAGAAACUGCUGAAUGUGAAGGUGCAAGCUUUGGAACACAGUUCAAUUCAGGAUGCCCAAGCAGCCAUGAGGCUGUACAUGAUGGCGAGGAAGCAGUGGGAAGCCUCGCUCAAAGAAAAAUCAAAGACCAAGAAAUAAUAAAUCUAAGUAUCUCUGGAUAUGUCCUGCUCGCUGUACUGCCUAGCACUGACUGAGUAAAAAUAUCAGUUGUC